AUGGGAGACUCGGGCACAUCCAACGUCUGGCAGGAAAAGGUCUCCUGGGCACAAUCCAAGCGCGAUGCCUCCCUCGCAAAGGUCGAGCCCCAGCUCCAAGGCCUACCGAGCCCCCUGCCUCCGAAUUCACAGGAACUGCCUAAAUCCGUCCUUACGACCCGAGAACUCGAAAUCACAGAGAACUACUCCGUCACGGAACUGCUGGAUAUCCUUCGCCAGCGGAAAAUCUCCGUGGAAGAAGUAACGAGGGCGUUUCUGCGCCGUGCAGCCGUAGCCCAGAUCGCGACAAACUGUCUCACAGAACUCCUCUGGGACGAGGCCAUCGCGCGCGCAAAGCACCUCGACGCUCUCCCCGAGCCCACGGGCAUGCUCUUCGGGCUCCCCAUCUCUGUCAAGGAGCACCAUGGCAUGGUCGGACCCAACGUCACCACCUCGGUGUCGUUCGUCUCGUGGAUCGGCAAGGAGCACGGGUCCAAUCUGCUGCUGGAUACCUUCUGGGCGGAGGGAUGCGUCUUCUACGCCCGCACCACCCAGCCCCAGAGCCUCAUGCAUCUGGAGACGAAUAGUAACGUCUACGGCCGGACCGUGAACCCGUAUAAUCGCGAUCUCACCUGCGGGGGGAGCAGCGGAGGCGAAGCGGCGCUGCUGGGUAUGCGCGGGAGUAUCUUCGGCAUUGGGGGUGAUAUCGGCGGCAGCAUUCGUUGUCCAGCAGCUCAUGUUGGCGUCUACGGGUUCAAACCAACCACCAAACGCAUCUCCGCCACCGGCCAACUCAGCGCCAUGGUCGGCAAAGAAACCAUCCUCUCCACCGUCGGCCCCAUGGCCGUCGACCGCGCCUCCCUGUCCCUCUUCAUGAACGUCGCCUUGUCCGCGCAACCCUGGCGCCAGGACCCCUCCCUCACCAUCAAGCCCUGGACGCCGUACACCUUCACCCGACCGCUCAAGAUCGCCGUGCAGUGGUGGGACGGCGUGGUGCGGCCGCAUCCGCCCAUGGCGCGCGCGCUGCGCGAAGUCGCCGCCGCCUGCAGAAAUGCCGGCAUGGAGGUCGUGGACUGGGACUCCGAGGCGCUGGACCAUCGGCGCGGGUGGGAGAUUCUGUCGAAGCUGUACUGGCCCGAUGGCGGACGUGAGGUCAUGGGGUUGUUGGAGGAGAGUGGGGAGCCGGUACUGCCGCUGACGAGGUUCAUUAUUGAAGAGCAGGGCGUGAGGGAUUUGUCGAUGCAUGAGCUUUGGGAGUUCUGCGCCCAACGCGACGCCUACCGCGCCAUGUACGCCCAAGCCUGGACGGCCACCGCCACGGCCACCGCACCAAGCAGUGGCUCCUCCGAAGUCGACGUGAUCCUGUGCGCGCCGUCGUUCGGCGCCGCCACGCCGCACGACCGGUCGCGCUACUGGGGAUACACGGCGCACUGGAACCUGCUGGACUACCCGGGCGCCGUGUUCCCCGUGACGACGGUGGAUGCGGCCAAGGACCCCGUCGACGCGACGUACGUGCCGCGGAACGAGGAGGACCGGUUCGUGCAUGAGAUGUACGCGCCGGAGAGGUAUGUUGAUGCGCCGGUCAGUUUGCAGGUGGUUGGAAGGAGGCAGGAGGAUGAGAAGGUGUUGGCGGCGUUGGGGGAGAUUGAGAGGGCGAUGGGGAGGGGGUGAGAUUAGUAGAUUUG